AUUUGUCUGCAGAUUCUGAGCUUGGGGGAGCAGAGAGUCUGCUCAGAUCAGUCAGACUGUCUUUGCCCAUAAGGCUUGGAGACUGGAUGUGACAAUUGAGUGCUAUUGACAGUCUGUGCAGGGACUGUCAGUCCUGCUGGAGCCCAGCAGGGUGGUGAAAGGAGGGGGUGGGGUGGGACAAAUGGGAGUUCAGUGUAUGAGUCUCCUGUGUACAAGGGGAGACAACUUUUAUCUGAGUUUGCAGAGCUGACACCCAGUUCUCUUCCCCGUCUUCCUAAACACACCUUAGGCUUUGAUGUGCUGCAAGGACUCAUUUUGCUCCAACACGUGGUCAGAAAGCAGCUGACUAUCACAUUGCAUUGUGAUAGUCGGCUGACGUGAGACAUAAACGUAAAGGCGACUAAUAGUUUUUGAAAGAAAUGCUGAAAUAUUUAGCUGUGUGAAAAUGCAUUUGCCUCCUUACAGAGUUUUUUACCGCAAAAAAGUACAUUUCUUGUCUAUUGGUGACAAGAAAUACACAUCAGUAUUUCUUGUCACCAAUAGAAUUUAAUGUUUGAUUAAGAUAAGCUGUGGGGAAAAAAUCAGUUCAUCACAUUCGCCAAAAAAUAUCUCGGUGAUCCCCAAAACUUCAGUGGUAAUAUUCUGUGGACUGACAAAACAAAUGUGGAACUUUUUAACCUUAAACGAUAGUAUUAUGAAUUUUGCUCCACCAGGAAAUACUGCAUAAUGUCUCGCUGUCAGUACAGGCCUUUUAGCACAAUCACAUUUUGGCUCAGCACCAAACUGAUGAUAAAAUUAGUCGCCUCUUGAGAACUACUGCAAAAGAAAAAAAAGCAGAAGGAAAUAAAGUAGUAGUUUUGGAGUUGGCCUCACUGAAAUCUGGACUUAAAUGCAAUUUAGAUAUGAUUUUAAACAUGCAAAUGCUCAAAAACCCUCUAGUGUUGCUGAACAGAGAGGACCAAAAUUCCCAAGUGGUGAUGUGAAUUUCUCAUUGCCAGCUAGCAUGAAUGCCUGCUGCUAGUUAUUAGGACAAUUUGGCCAGGUUUGGAUGACUUUUUUUUGUUCCUUUUACAAAAGCAAUCGCUUAAAAAUUACUAUUCAUGUUUUCUUCAUACAUUAGAAGUUUCAGGUUAAACACAUUUUAAGUAUAGCAAAAGGGAUAAAGAUGCAAAACAGAGUGGCAAAUCUGAAAAUAGUUUAUCAACAGACUUUUUUGGUCAUUAACUUAUAAGUGUUACAUUUACAUUUUAAUAUAUACCUUUGGCAGACAAAAGAAAAAGGUCAGCAAAAGCUUUCUGAUGCCGAGCGAAGGCUGUCCUUAGGUCAUUACAGAAGACCUACCCAAUACCGAAAAUUUCUGAAACUUUCUGAUGAAGUGCUAUAGGAUCGCACUUUGUUGCGUAUUAAAAUGUACCCAGGCAUUAACGACUGAACGGAUUCCGUCAUUUUUCCAUCCAAAUCAUGUUCCUCAAGAUGCAAUGAUGUCGGUCACAAAGCAAAAUAAAUUCAAGACUGACUUGAUGAGCAUAUGUUUUAGGUUUCGAGUUUGAUUCCAAACUUCUGAAAACUUUACAUGAACAUUUGUGGGUUGGAAAAAUUCGUCUGGAGUUGAACCACUGGUUGACUCCUGCUUAACCUUCUCAUUCACCGAGUUUGGGGCAAGCAGCCCUUUACCAAGACAGACACACUGUCUACGCAACGGCCAUUAGGCCCGACAACAGACCCCUGUGGAGCUCCUGGCAGGGGGAGCUUGUUAAAUGUGUGGACCUAUUGUUCAGCCAAAUUGGCCUGUGGCUCUAAUUGCCCAGUUAGUCCCCUCUAAUGGGCUGAACUCGUCUACCCAAUCUGGAACCAGCCUCCAGUCUUCAGAUCAUGUCGUAAAACGUGGCUCGGCUGUGGCCGGUUACAUAUUCAUUGUCCCUUUUCCAGACAGACCUGUUGUGAAGUCGCAUACAUAGGAGUAGACUCGAGAGUCGACUACUUGGGCAACUCCAACAGACUGGGUUCAGUGGAUACCUCUGGUUCACAAACAAAAAAAGGCCUGAAGGAGCUGGCCAUGAUUUAGAUACACAUCUAAAUCUGGAGACAGACGACCUCUAAACAAAAACAUUGAAAUGAAGUGUAGUUGGAUCAAGCUGCAUUAAGUGGUUUGAAUAAAGGAGUUAAAGAGAAUGGGGUGUAACUCUUGGCAUAUUAAUCAGGUUAACGGCAUCCAGAUGUGGCUGUUUUGAGGAAAACGAUAAAAAUAUGGUGUAUAUGUACAAUCACUAAAAAUAAAUGUCGCAUUAUGCAAUUGGGGGUUUCAGAAUUAGGUUUCAUGCUCGUGAUCCAGACUGGUUUAUUUUCAGGCUCUUUAACUGUUUUUUUUUUUUGUUUUUUUCUCAGACUUUGAGUCACAUCUCCUGACAGCUUAACAGCUUAUUGUAUAGUCACCUUAUUAGAGUUCACCACAGGGUAAUAAGUACAGCUUUGUUACAGUAACAAAAAAGGCAACAUAGUGACCAAGAAACACAAGAAAAGCCAUGGAUGGAGUCAUGGAAACUAUUGGAGGUUACAAAACAAGAUCCUAGACAAUUCACAAAACCCUGUUCAUAAUCAAAAAUUACAGUUGAAUACUAUGCCACAACUCCAAACCUAUUCAUGGCUGUCCCCCAAAGCUGAGAGAACCAGUCAGCUAAAAGUCCUUUGGUAACUCUGGAGGAGCUGCAGAGGUGGGAUAAUCUCAGUUUGGGCUCAAGCCACCUCAACCAUGUAUGAUCUGGUCAUAAGAGACCAAAACAGAACUAUUUGUGACAGCUAGCACUGAUCAUAUCACCCUGACCACAACAUCCUUGCAAUAAUUAAUUUUUCGCAGGGAAGCUGCUAGGCUAUGUUAUUCCUCAGGAUCUUGUUGUAGGUUAAAGUGAGAGGCCCCUGUGUUGGUCUGUCGCACAAAAUUCAAUUUAAACACAUUAUAGGUUUGUGGUUUUAAAGACUUUUGAGUCUUUAAAACUAAGCAAUGCCUCACUGUAUAUAGUGAGGCGUUCUUAUUUCACCGGGCCUAGGCAUAAAAUUUAGCAUCCAUAAUGGCCAUCGAGUCUGUAACAAAAACAUAUUUUAUUUUAGGUUGAAUAUACAGCUAGUUGGACAAAUGAUUGGGGUUGUAAAUGACUACUGGAAUCCCUUGUAAUGAAACCCAGUAAUUUUAAAGCCAAAAAGUCAUAAAAAAAACUUGUAUUUUUGAAAUUCUGAAAAUUUCAGAUUCAUUCCAAAAAUGCAAGCCUCCAGGGGCAUAAAACAAUGUAGCACAUGUUGGUUCAGUAGUGCCAUGUUCUGUUUUUUGUCGCCCUCUUCAAACUUUCGAAGCCAGUGUAGCGGAUUGCUGUGGCUGCUCUUCACUCAGUGAAACCUGGGGUGUGAUUGCCCAUGGUCACCCUCCCCCGUCUCACACACCCUCCAUCUGCUCGCUGCCUCCUUUCUGUCUGCAGUAAUCACAAAACAAGCCGUUGUCUCCAAACACAUCGUCUCUAUGUCUUUUGAUAGGUAGUUGAUAACAGACUUGCUGGCUGAUUUGAGCUGGCCCACCUGGCUGUAUAUAAGAGGAGAAGCUCAUGAGAGGGGCAAGCAAGCGACUCCUCUCGUCCUCCUGUGCGCUCCCGGGACUUUGUCAACUUUUCCUUAUGGCUGCUCUCUUGGCUGUAGCUCUUUUUGCGUCUCCUUUACUGGCAUUCGACCUGGGCCAGUCCACUCGGUGCGUUACCAUCCCCAACCAGAUGAAAGUCUGCAAAGACGUCGGAUACUCUGAGAUGAGGCUGCCAAACUUUUUAGGCCACAGCAGCCUUGAAGGAGAGGUGGUGCCACGCUCUGAGGACUGGAGGCCCCUGCUGCAGACCGGCUGCCAUCCUCAAGCCCAAGCCUUCCUCUGCUCCAUCAUUGCACCCGUCUGUCUCGACACCUUCAUCCAGCCUUGUCGUAGUCUGUGUGUGGCAGUGAGGGACAGCUGUGCCCCAGUGCUUGCCUGCCAGGGACAUCCGUGGCCCGAGGCUCUCAACUGUGACCGCUUUGCUGCUGAGGAAGACAUGUGUCUAACCCCCCUUGCAAAAUUUAGCCACUUUCUGAAAGACUUGCCAAAAGCUGUUUGCCAGAAGUGUCAUUCUGUGGAAGUGGCUCCUGCAAUGAAAACAGUAAUCAGUGCUUUUUGUCAUCAUGACUUUGCCGUCACCGCUAAACUCCACCGCCUUCGCCACCCGGCAGGGGAGCCAGAGUUCCAGGUCGAGGGCCGUGUGGAGUUUAUCCGUCAGGGCCCUCUGUUGCCUUACGACACUCAGCAUCUCCUCCAGGAUUGGCUCCUCAUCAACCUGAGCUGCGCCAGCGCCCUGGUCCGUCCGGGCCGCUCGCAGCUCUACGUGCUGACCGGUUCUGUGCAGCCUGACGGCAGCAUCGCUCUCGUUCGUUUCUUCCCCUGGCACAAAAAAGACGCAGGCAUCGCACUGGCAACCCGCAAAUGGAAACAUCACAGAUGUUGAAGUACAUACAUGCGUAUAACUCUCUUCACUAAUUUGUAACUUUUCAGCUUUUUCUGUCUGUAUGCUGUAAUAUUAUGCACUAAGACCUGUAAAUAGUAUUAAGUGUAAAUUCAUAUAUUUUAUUUUCUUGGAGGAUACUGAUGUAUUUAUCACAUUUUUUUAUGUUUUGUGCAA